GGCGUCAGUCUUCACGGAAUGACCAAUCAGGAGGUGCUGGAGGUGAUGAAGCAGACGGGUCAGACUGUGGUUCUCACUGUGGUCAGGAAGAAACCCCGAGCCCUGGAGAGAUCCCUGGAUAAAGUCACAGAAGCAGAACUCACAGCUAAAUGGGAUCAGGCUCUGGGACCACAGUACCAAGUCCUGGUGGUGAAGCUGGAUCCUGUCAUUGAAGAUGAUGCAGAGCUGCAGAAAUCCUCCAAGCUGUUGCCCGUCCACACUCUGCGUCUCGGUGUGGAGUUGGACUCGUUCGACGGUCACCAUUAUAUCUCGUCUGUGGCCCCUGGAGGCCCCGUGGAUAAACAUGGAGUGUUGAGACCAGAGGACGAGCUGCUGGAGGUGAACAAUGUUCAACUGUACGGGAAGACUCGUCGAGAAGUGGUGUCGUUCCUUAAAGAGGUUCCUCCUCCGUUCACCUUGGUCUGCUGCCGACACCCGACCUCUGACCUGGAACCAGAAUCUGAAGCCGAGUCUGAACCUGAACCCGUGUCAAGACCCGGACGAGGAGCAGCAGGACGAGCGCAGCCCAGCGUGGAGGAGAUCGAGUUGAAGUUGUCGUCGAUGCUCUGCAGUCAGGCGGUCCUGAGAGACGACAGUGACGAACAGCAGCAGGAGCAGGAAUCAGCGGAGGAGGAGGAGGAGGAGGAGGAGAGUCAACACAGCCAGGAGGAGGAAGAGGAUGAUGAUGAUGAUGAUGAUGAUGAAGGGGAGCUGGCUCUGUGGUCACCUGAUGUUCAGAUGUUGGAGCUUCAGAAGGAGAGAGACAAAGGCCUCGGCUUCAGUAUCCUCGACUACCAGGACCCGUUAGAUCCUGGUCGCUGUGUGAUGGUGAUUCGCUCUUUGGUUCCUGGUGGGUCAGCAGAGCGUCACGGUGGUCUACUUCCCGGAGACCAGCUGGUUUCAGUCAACCAGACCCAGCUGGACCUGCUCACCUUGGCCCAGUCUGUGGAGGUCUUAAAGUCUAUCCCAUCUGGCACUGUCCGUCUGGGUAUCCGGAAGCCUCUGGUGGAGGCGACAGAGAGGAGCAGAGAGGACGACAACAUGACGUCUCUCAGCAACACGCAGCUGCCUGUUCCAAAGGGUUUCGGUGACGGCUCCAUCCUGCCUGAAAACCUUCGACAAGAAGAGGAGGAGGAGGAGGAGGAGCCAGAGCUGAUCCUGGAUGGAGGUCUGCCUCGCUACGCUACCUCCUCCCUGACCUCUGACCUCCUGUCUGUAGAAGAGGGUAAGGAGAUGGCUGUGGACGAGGAGGAGAUGAAGACAACAGAAGAGAGAGAGGAGGAGAAGAUGGGUUCUCUCUCCAGGAAACCUCCCCCGUCAUGGGAGGAGUGGAGGCUCACCUCCUUAGGCCGAACGAGACCAGAAGUGAGCUGGAGACACAAGCAGGAUGACGAGCAGAUGUCAGAGCGAGAAAGUAUCGUGUCAGAAGGAAACCAGAUCCUGGGUGAGACUCCCACUUCACACUGUGUGAUCGAGUUUAUCA